AUGGCAGAUGAGUUCAAAGUUGAACUAGUAUUGAAUAUUUUAAGUAUUUUUCUAUUAUUGAUUAGAUUUUCAACUUCUGGACAGUGCUCUGUCACCACUUUGACAAGUGUUAAGUUCAAUUUGGGUCAGACGUGGGGGUCUAUAUUUUCAACUUCUGGACAGUGCUCUGUCACCACUUUGACAAGUGUUAAGUUCAAUUUGGGUCAGACGUGGGGGUCUAUAUUUUCAACUUCUGGACAGUGCUCUGUCACCACUUUGACAAGUGUUGAGUCCAAUGCAGGUCAAAUGUGGGGGUCCAUUCACCCUCCCAAAGUGCUCUAUGUGUAUUUUGCAGCUUGUUUUGCUGGUGCCAGGGUCAAAUUGGGGGUAUAUGUGAGGGUUGUUGCUCAAGUACAUUUUUUGCAAUAUGGUAGAUGA